CAGCUUGUCACAUGGUACAAGGCUGUUGUGAAUAGCCUUGUACCAUGUGACCUCUGUGAUCAUUCACAGAUUUCACACGUAGUAAGCAAUGAUGUCACAAGUGACAUCUUGCUUACUACUUUGCAUGUGAUCACUGAUUGGCCAAUCAGUGAUCACAUGAUCGGGACCUCGUACAGAGGUCCCGUCCGAUCGCCAUUGAGAAAUACCGAGUGAGCUGUGAGUGGUCACAGUUUGUCACAUAGUACAAGGCUGUUGCGAAUAGCCUUGUACCAUGUGACCUCUGUAAUCAUUCACAGAU